UUUAUGCUUGUGGCUCUCCUAGUUGCUCCACACUCCCUCCCACCAUCAUCAUAAACUUUGCUAUCCACAAUCUUCUAACAUUAAAAGGUACACUUGUAAUUUCUGAUCUUUCAACCUCAAAACAUGGCAUCCUCUCUAAUGUCAGGCGCUUCCUCCUCUUGCUCUGCCGCCUUAUCCACCAGAACCCACCCUUCCUCUCCUAAACCAUGCCCACCCCUUCAUCUUCCUCAGAAAACCAAUUUUCAUGGGCUUUCUUUGCAAGAUGCAAAAAGGGUCAUUUUCAGUUCACUUGUAGCUGAAAGAAUGAACUAUUCUCCCAGUGUUAAAAGAGGGUUUGAGAUCAAAGCAAGAACAACUGGUGCUUCUAAGUCAAUCGAGGUUGAAGUUGAUAAACCCUUAGGCCUCACUCUUGGUCAGAAACCUGGUGGUGGAGUUGUCAUCACUGCAGUAGAUGGUGGAGGAAAUGCUGCAAAAGCUGGGCUUAAAUCAGGUGAUCAGGUGAUUUAUACUAGCAGUUUUUUUGGUGAUGAACUUUGGCCUGCUGAUAAGCUUGGAUUCACUAAAACUGCAAUUCAGGCUAAGCCUGAUUCUGUUUACUUUGUUGUCAGCAGAGGUGCUGAUGUUGAUGUGAAAAAACUUCCGAAACGUCCUGCUCCUCCACGUUUUGGGCGAAAACUAACCGAGGCACAAAAGGCCAAAGCGACUCACAUAUGCCUUGACUGUGGAUUCAUAUACACAUUAUCAAAACCGUUUGAAGAUCAGCCCGAUGAUUAUGCUUGUCCUCAGUGUAUAGCACCAAAGAAGAGGUUUGCACGCUAUGAUGUGAACACAGGUAAGGCAGUAGGUGGUGCUUUACCGCCUAUCGGUGUCAUCAUAGGGCUAGUUGCUGGUCUUGGUGCUGUUGGAGCAUUAUUAGUAUACGGUCUUCAGUAAGGCAAAUCUGAAACCUUAUUAAUUAGUUCACCCAUUCUGUAUAUCUUCUGGUAUUUAUGAGACUGCCAUGUAAUUGGUAAUUGUGAUCCAUUUGUUAUAUAUAUUGGAGAGCGAAUAUUAUAUUACUGUGUAAAAGCAACCCUUGGCAAUUUUCUCCAUUGUAAGUGCCGGGAUACAAAUGUACAUCUUAUCUGUUUGAUUGCAAAUUGGUAGUCAAAUACUCAAAUCUAAUGUUAUUAUGUGACACAUUAUGUCCUUAA